GUCCCCGGAUGCGGAAGUCCGGGGGUGGGAGAAUGUGGAUUCUGCGGUUCGGCCGCUACAUCAGGGAUGCUCCCUCGGGAGGAGCCGCGUACUGGGGCGGCCUUUCCCCAGGAAGCCGCUUCACGCAGGCUGCUGCGGGAGGGAGUGACGGCCGGCAGGAAGCUGCGGGGGACCCACGGCGGAGGGGCCGGGUCUACCAGAAUCCAACAUGGCAGCAUGUGGAACAGAGACCACUCCCUGAGAAAAAAGUAACUGUGGAGGUGCUUGAUCACCUGGAACGUCUGGCACUAGUUGACUUCCGCAACUGGGAGGGUGUACAACGGCUGGAGAAAGCAAUCCAAUUUGCUGAUCAACUUCAUGCUGUUAACACAGAAGGGGUAGAACCAAUGGAUUCAGUACUAGAGGACAGAUGUCUGUAUCUCAGAGAAGAUAACAUCACAGAAGGCAACUGCAGUGAGGAGCUGCUGCGAAAUGCCAGAGAAACAGUUGAGGAAUAUUUCAUAGCCCCACCAGGUAACAUCCCUUUACCAAAGCUAGAGGAGCGAGAUACUUUUCUGCAAGUAUCCAAGUGAAAGUCAAGGUCUGGAAUGCCACUUCAGCUUUUAAGUCAUCUGUGACAAUUGGCAUAUAUGCAACCAUGGCUAUGGAAUAUCUUGAUGCAAGUGUCUAAUCCCAAGAAUAACACCCUCACAUAAUUAUUUGAUUUUUCUUCCUUCCUUUCUUCUGUAAGAUUACUUUGAAAUUAAAGGUUUGGAGUAUUUUUCUAGUAUAUACAAAGGUGGAAGGCUGUGGGCCAUUUACAAGUCUAGAAAUUUGGCCUCAGUGCCUCUGAUUAGUCUGUAUUUGGUGAAGCUUUCCAAAUGUCAACCUUGAAAAUAUCAUGCACAGUUAGCACUCUAGACACAACAGCUGCCUACAUCAACCCUGCUGAUUGGGGGAAGGAAACUGGUACUAUUUUACUGUCAAAUUACUUAAGCAGAAUGAGUAGAAUGUUGCAGUACUUAGAUUAAUUUGGAGCUUCUCCCAUCUUGUCACUCAGUGAUCUGAUACUUACCCAAAGUCCCACAUAGGGGAAUGCUACAUAAAACUGCUUUUUGCCACUACUCACUUUUCCCUACAGACUAAGAAAGCACUUGAUUUAUUAGAUGCUGCAAUCUUUAUGAACUUUUUUGCUUCUACCAAGUACCUCCAUGUCAACGCUGUAUCUUGUUCCACAUCUAUAUACACUGCACUCUAUCCAGUGCUUCGUCCAGUUUUGUGCUUGUAAAUUAGUUACCUAAAAUUGUAUUUAGGUUGUAUAGGAAAUGUGCUGGUUCCUUAAGUGAAAUAAUGGCUUUAGGCUGGAGAUCCUUGCUCAGACAGAAAAUUAGAAAGAUUCUAGGGCCAUUAUGAAAGUGUAUUCAAAAGACCAGUUGCCCUGGUACAAAUGAAGUCCCACUGCUUUCUGUCCACAUUGAUAGCGUGGUGAGCUGGUGCAGAAUGCAACCAUUGUGGGCUUUGCUCAGAGCGAGUGUAACUGCAGUAAUGCUGCUUGUGUCUGUCCACCCCUAAAAGCACUUCUAUGGGAUACAAAAGGUGUUAAGCAUCACAACUGCUUGCACUGCUGAAAUGCUCUAGCAUAGCUUAGCCUUCCUAUCACAGGCUGAGGCAGCAAAACUGUCAUUUAUGUUAAAUAACUCCACUACAUGGAAGCUAGACAUCACGUGAAGUCAGGUGUGAAAUAAAGAUGCACAGUAACUUUUUUGGUCACACAUCAGAGCAGAUUUUAGAAAAUUAAGCAGUCUAUCAAACUCCUGUAGCCCAGGUAGACACUGUGAGCCACGAGCUCAAAGAGAAGUCUCCACUAGAAGCAGUGUGCUCGUGGUUAGAGCCAUGGACUGGGAUUCAUUAGACCUAGGUUCUAUUCUCAGCUCUACUACUACCCUCCUGGAUGACCCUUGGCAAGUCACUUCUCCUCUGUGCCUCACAUAUGCUAUCUGUAAAAUGGGGAUAAUGAUACCAGCCUCCUAUGUAAAGCACUUUGAGAUC